AUAUAUUCGUCAAUUCAUACUGCAAUGUUGCUUGUUUUUAGUGUCUAUUUACCGCUAAAACUGAUGUACGUAUUUUUCGGAAUAAAAUUAUAUACGAAACCUUAAAUUAUAAACAGACGCUCAAAGUAAAAUUAAAACACAACAGUUAUCAGUUCACUAAAAUUAUGAAUUUCGGUAUUGUUGGAAAGUAUACCCGUUUUGACAAAUGACAGAAAAGUAAAGUGAAAAGUGACACAUGACAAACAAUUCAUAUGGUGCCAACUUGUAAAAUAAAUUCGAAGUAUUGCGCAGUUAAAUUACUGAGUGACAUUAGUUUACCGUUUAAACUGAAUUGCAAGCCAAAUAAUACGUUGUUUGGCGUCUAAGAUUUUGUUUAUCAUAAGUGCAAAGACAGUAUAUAAUCUCAAGUUGAUGUUGUGGUUUUUAGGACAAAAACUAGAUUUUACCAGUGUUUGUUUUCUUUUGCCAAUCUGUCAUUGGUCAUUUGUCAGUUUUCAGUUAUGUCUGUUAUGUCAACAAGAUAAGUUCAAGAAACCCCAAUAAAAACAGAUCCAAAACAAAAUAAUAAUAAAAUGGGGAAAAUGUCUGAUGAAGCAAAAGACCCUCCUGUUUGUAGAACUUGCUUAUGUAUUAUUACAGGCCGUUCUUAUGGUUUACACGAAAAUAGUGGCCUAGGUGAUGGAUUGAAAUACACCCAUAUUCUAAGAUCUGUAGUACCAGCUCUGUAUUUGGGAUUAUCUAAUGGUCCUGAAAUAUGUGCUGUGUGCAAAGACAGUUUAAUAACCUCCUAUAAGUUCAAAAACAAAUGCUUAGAGGUUGAGACUCUUAUUUGUAAUUACUUACAAAACCAAAAACUGGGUUAUCAGGUUGUAGAACUUAGUUCUGUUAUCAAGCAAAUAAAAAUGAACACAAUGAAAAAAACUGCAGAUAUUAUUUUAUCAGAUUGGAAUGAUGAUUCCAAUGAAGGGACAACUAGUUCCGGAAAGCCAUUAAACACUAUGAAAAAACCUGGUAAUUGGACAGACCAACCAGCAGUAGAACCAAACAAGAGUCUUGUAGUAUCUAACUCAAUACAACCAUUGCAGGUGCAGCUACUUUCACAGGUUCAAGACAGUAUUUUAGUGACAGAUAAUAAGGGAACUUUUUUUAAUAUUCAACCGAUUAUAAACAGUACACCACCAAAGCUGAUACCAAUAGGCCAACAAGGUCAAUUAGUAAAGAUAAAAGAAGAAAAAGAUGAUUUUGACCAAGAAAGUGUAACCCGGCAACAACCACAAGCACAGAAACAAAUGUCAACAUCAAACACAGAAGAAAAUGUUUUAGGUAUAUGUGAAGAUACAGGUUAUUUGAAGGAUCAAAAUGGUCAUUACUUUGAUUUUUAUGGAAAUGCCUUAGAGAGAGACGAAGUUGAAGCUGAGAAGAACAGAGCCAUUUCUAUGGAAAAGGAAUUAUGUAAAAUCGCAAAUGUGUUCACUCUAAAUGAAGAGGCCGGGAAGAAUGAAAAGAAAGAUUCUCAACUAAGUGUUGAGAAAACAGUAGAUGAUACUCUAAAUGAAGAGACCGGGAAGAAUGAAAAGAAAGAUUCUCAACUAAGUGGUGAGAAAAAAGUAGAUGAUGAGAAAAUUCCAAAUAAAGUUAACACAGAAGUUUCACAAAAUAAUACUGAGAAUGCCUUAAAUAAAACAACUCCACCAUCCACAUCCGAAAUAAACCAAACAUCAUCAUCCACAUCUGAAAUAAACCAAACAUCAUCAUCCAAACCGAUAACAUAUUUAAGACCUGUGAAUAUAAAUAAUUUAUUAGCCAAAGAACACCUAAGAACCUACUGUAAGGCAAAUACAGAAAAUAAGAAUGUACCUGCUACACAACCAGAAUUUAAAUCAUUAUCGGAGUUACUUAAAAAUAAUAAACCUCUAGAUGAUGACACCAGUACUGCACCUAUACGGAUUAAAGAAGAACCAGUGAGUAUUCUAGACGAUGACGAUGACGAAGACACAAUGAGUCUUCCAGAGGAGAUCAGCCAACCGCCUAUUGUGCAGAAAAUAAUUAACACUUUGUACAGUGAAGAAGAUAGAGAUAAAUAUGUAGAUACUCCAGAUUUAAUAAGGAUUCAAAAUUGCUCCAUUUCGGAUAUAAGAAAAAUGCAAAUGGAGUUAAACAAUCAACAAGAAAUAACAAAUACCAGUAAAUUAAAAACAGCAGCACCAGUAACUUAUAAAUCCCCAAAUAAAGCAAAAUUUAGCGGUAUGCUAGUAAAUGCACAUGUCAGUAAGAUUCCAAAAAAUGUCCUAAAAUAUCCAAAAUUUCUACAAAGCUACUUUUUUAACAAAGAAGAAGCAACAGUCAGCUUAGAAAAUAACGGGACGUUGUAUCAACUGCAAAUUGACAAAGAUGGCAAUAUCAUCAAUCAAAAAUCUCAACCUGUAGCACUUAGUGGCAGUCAGACAUCUGUCAGUCAGGCACCUCAAACUCCUGUCAAUAAAUCUCCAGUAUCUAAACAAACAAGUAAUGUGAAACGUUCACCUGUACAGCGCAGUCUAAUAAAACCUGAGGUUUCAUUAAAGCCCGAGCAAGCCAAGAAAAAAAGGUUUCGCAUAGAACCCGUAGGUUAUGAUUUUGAUCCCGAAUCUAAAGAUUCACAAGUUAUGAAUAAACAACCAAAGGAACCGAAUAAAUCCAAUGUGUUAUUUACGCAGCAUGAAAUUAAAAGAGAUGAGGAUGAAAAAUCCUGGGACCCGAAUAAUUCCAGUUUGGUGCCCACGUUUUAUAACUAUGAAGGAUAUUUUAUACAUGAUCAUGAUUAUUUACAAUCGCCUUAUGUCAGAUCUGGAAUGUUAGAGAAAACCGGUAAAUUCGAAAUAUUAUCGUGCUACAUUUGUGGAUUCGUACAUCCGAUAGAAAAGCAUCUACACCAUAUGGUUCGACAUUCACGUUUUUGUAAAGUGUGUAAAAGGAGUUUCCGAAAUGCUUUAAUGUGUAAUACACAUAUAAAAAACCACAAAGUAGACUGUACGAAGUGUGGUAAGAAGGUUCCAGUAGAAACAUUAAAAAACCAUUCCAAGAAUAACUGCGAAAGUUUAGGGAAGGAAAAGGUAUUUAUACGCCAGGGUUUGCGAGCCCCGAUGAUGUCAUGGACCCCUGAACAUGACGUUUUACUGAAGAAAACAUGGGAGGAAAACGCACAACUCUCUACGAAGAAUAUGGAAGAGGUGUUAGCUACAAAGUUUCGUGAAGUGUUUGGUGAGAAAUUUAAGGGAAGUACACUGCGUAUCAAGGCCUCUGCAAUAAAAAAAAACAAACGAGUUAAGGUGGAACCAAACGAAAAGCAUUCGAAGAUCGACAGUGAUGUAAACCUGGGAGCAAGUACAUCUAGCAAUCGAAUAGAAGAUAUCAAAUGUAAAAAGGAAAAACCAGAAGAAAAAUCUCUACCCAAUCCAUAUGUACUGUUGCCAGAUGUUCUUAUUACGCAUCCAGAAGCAGCUCCUACUGUUUCGCCCUGUAAGAGUGACGAAAACAAAAAAAUACCUGAUAAAAAAUUACCUGAUAAAGAAUUACCUGAUAAAAAAUUACCUGAUAAAAAAUUAGACAAAGUCGGCGGUAGUGAAAGCUCAGAUUCACCUGAUCACGAGUCCGAUCCAGAUUAUUCUGAAUCUGUACCACAAAAACGAAGAAGAUUUGAAUUACCGCGAAGGUCUGUUAGGUCCAAACAAAAUUCCAAUCGUUCGGACCAAGUGCAAAUUCAAAGGCGGUGUACACGAAAUAGAAAACCCUUGCUGAAAAGUUCUAAUGACUAAUUCUCCAAGAUAUCUACUGUAUUUUUUGUACAUAUUAUUAAGUAGCUUUACAAAUGUUGAUAUAGUUGUAUUAUUAAUAAUUAAUAAUUACAAAGUGACUUUUAAAGUAAUCGAUAUAUUUUUUGUUAUUUAUAUUUAAUGUGUUCUUUUUGUUAGAAUAUUUAAUACAAUUUUUAUAUUAAAUAU